GUCUCUACAAGAGAAGGGAGUUGCUUAAAAAAAAACAGGAGGGAGUACUUUUUGUUCUCCAUUCUUCCAAUUUUAGAUCCCAAAUCGUUGACGGAGAUAAUCGAACCGGAACCGGUCCAGAUCGUUGGCGACGUAAUGGCCACCUACAUUUGAAGUGGUGAACAUCAAUGCAAUUAACUCAAGUCAAACACGUGGCACAAUAAAACAGAUCCAAUAUCCAGGCCAUUCUCUUGAUUUCGCGAGUGAAAAUUCUUCAAAAGGGUUUUCUACUCCCGGCACAGAUAAAACUAACGUCUUCUGUAUUUUUUUCAACGAGAUAGUUUGUGAUUGGAUCAGAAUCAUCUCCAAAAGGUGAACUCUAGAUUCUAAUCUGUACAAAUCUCUGCUCUUCUUCAGGGAAGAGAUGAAGGGAAUUUUUGCCUGUGUCGUUGCAAUUUUGCUCGUUGUAGCACAGAUCCCGUCUGGAUUAACAUUGCCAUCCACAGUACCAGCAUUUUUAUGGUCUUCUCAGCAGCAUGAAUCUUUAUCUAAUGAUAUGGGGAAAUCGGUUGAUUAUCGUACCAUCUCACAGAAAGAUUUAGCUAAGUCCGUCCUUUCCGAAGGAGGCUGGUCUAAAUUUUUGUGUUCAGAGGAAAACCGUCAGCAAUCUGUGGACUUUGCAAUUGUUUUUGUUGGUAAAGAGUUACAGUUGGACAUUUCUAGAGACAACCAUGCAGACUCGACUCUCAUGCAAUCGCUCCAAGUUUCGUUCGAGAGCUCCAACUUUUCCAGGGCGUUUCCAUAUGUAGCUGUGUCGCAAAUGAAAGAGGUAAUGGAGAGUUCGUUGCUUUCAGGGUUUGCAGAAGCUUGUCCAAAUGGCUUGGGAAUAAAAGAUAAUAUCGCUCUCCUUGAGUCAUGUUCAGUUGACGAUGAAAAAUACAGGAAACUUUCAGAUAUGGACUCAGUCUAUGAUUAUCUUAUCUCAAGGAUGGCAAACAGGCAGAACGGGCAAACAGAGAUGGUUGUUCUUUGCAACGGAGGGUCCCUCUCUUCAGAGAAACUUGACCAUACAUGGUCUGAAGGUCAAAUCUUGUCAAGCCUUGUCAGUGCUUUGAAAAAGUUGGGUGCAUCAUACACAGUUCUGUAUGCUUCAGAUGCAUCUGGGUUGGUGUCAUACCCUUCUUACAGGGAACUGGAUAGGUUUCUUGCUGAGGGUAGCGUUGGAAAUGGUUCACAGAAAGCCACUUACUGUGAUGGAGUUUGCCAGAUUAAAUCAUCACUUUUAGAAGGAUUAUUUGUUGCCAUUGUUUUGCUGAUAAUCCUCAUAUCAGGACUUUGUUGUAUGAUGGGUAUCGACGCUCCAACACGAUUUGAAGCUCCCCAGGAUUCUUGAUGUGGAGUAUUUGUAUGUGUAGUUCAUGUAGAGCAGAAUACUAUAAGUCUUUUUUGGGGCGGAGAUAUUUUCUUUCUCCACUGGAUGAUCCAACCAAAAUGUAAUUGAAAAGAUAAGGAAAACAACCUGAUUACUUGAAUGGAAGUGGCAAGUGUAUUUUGGUUGCGGCAGAGGAAGUAAUGUCUCUUUUAAUCGUCCAGUUUUCUGCUUUGCUAUGACAGCUGAUAUUUAUUUAAUUAUUUUGCCUUCUUCUUCCGGUCAGCUUGUUAUCUCAGCCAUUAUGAGUAUGAUUGUGUGGCUACUGCUGUUCAUAUCAGUGUUUGGAACAAAUGAAAUGUAAUAAUGCUGUAUUGAUAUUGCACUCCGUGGUUUAUUAACCACUUAGUAAUGGUUUCAAACAAUGGCUUCCAUGUCAAUUUGAUUCAA